AUGGCCGGCGAAUCCACGUCUCCCGGCAGCUCCUCGCCGUCGGGACCGGCGGCGAAGACUGGGGAAGAAAUGGCCGCGGACACCUUCCCAGCUGGGCUGCGCGUGCUCGCCGUCGAACACGACCGCGUCUGCAGCAAGAUCCUAGAGAGGCAGCUGAAGUACUGCAACUACAACGCAACAAUGGUGACGAACGCCCAGACGGCGUUGGACAUGCUCAGGGAGAGGAAAGAAUACGGGAACCAGUUCGACCUGGUGAUCAGCAACGUCGCCAUGCCCAAGCCCAACAUGGACGGCUUCAAGCUCCUCGAGCUCAUCGGCCUGGAGAUGGAUCUCCCAGUCAUCAUGCUAUCCGCGAACAGUGAGACACAAACUAUAAUCAAAGGGAUAAAGCAUGGAGCCUGUGAUUAUAUGGUAAAGCCAGUGCGCCUCGAACAGCUUAGGGGCAUAUGGACACAUGUGGUGAAGAAUAGGAAGGUCCAGUGGUGUGGUGAACUACACCGGAAGUUUGUAGAAGCUGUCAAUCAGAUUGGCAUGGACAGGGCUGUUCCUAAGAAGAUAUUAGAAGUCAUGAAUGUGGAAGGCCUAACUAAACAGAAUGUCGCCAGUCAUCUGCAGAAGUACCGAAUCUUUCUCAGAAAGCUCAGGGAGGGCACACUUAAGAAUUCUAAUCCAUUUGCUGAUGAAACUGAAGCAUUGCGGAGAAACAUGAGCCUCCCAUCCUUCAUUGGCUCUCCAAGCUCAAGCAACCAUUGUGCAAAAAUGAAUUCCUCAUCUGCAAUUGGAACGCAAGCUUCGCUGCACACAGGGUCAGUUCAGGUCAUGAGCUCUCAGAAAAACCUGGGCAUUCCUCAAUCAAACAUGGAACCAGUUGGCCACUGUGUCAACCUGCCCAAAGAUGGUGUGCCUAUGGCAGUGCAGGAUAUCAGCAGAUUCAUCUCUUCUGGCAAGUCCUACGCACCUGUAUCGAGUGGAUGGCUGCCAGGUGCAAGCCAGUGCUUUCCUUCUGGUCCUUCUGGAAGCUCCUUUGCAAAUAGUUCAAAUGGUGUGGUGUUGAACGCAAGCAAACCUUUCUUUGUUGAUAUAUCUGGGGGUUCAUUUGCAAAUAUCUCAAAUGACAGUCCACCAUUGACCUCGAACAUGUCCUUUUCUUUGUCUCGUUCCUGCAGCUCCUAUGCGAGUAUAUUGCCUGGCAAGAUUUUGGGGUCAAGCAGAGGUAUUCCUUUUGAAGACAUAUCAGAUGGUGAGAUAUUGGCUCCUCCUGGUCAUUUACCAUUGCAGUCUCCUGACUUGGUGAACCAGCCUUCGAUUCAGUUUCAAUCAUGUUCUGCUGGCAAAUUUAACCAGGUUGCCAGCGAAGCUCACCAAAUUGCAGGACCUAGCAACUCCUCGAAAGCUGCUGUGCCGUCAAGGUUUUCUGAUCUUGGUCAUAAUGUUGGAACAUCUGAAGAUCCUUCACAGGGUAACAUUUUCAAGAUCAACCAGUUGUCAAGAUUUGCAGGCUCCUCUGGACAGAUUUCAACUUUCAGAAAUGAGUAUAAGAGGAAAAUUGCAGGAAUCAUGGGAAACACUGUACCAAUGGUAGGUUUCAGAGAGCAGGUGGCAACAUCUAGUUUUGGAAACAACACACACUCUACAGCGAUGCCGAUUGGCAAUUCUGCUUUGGCUAGUUCUUCAAGCACGAGACCUGACCUUCAGAUAGACAACAAUUCUGCCAUGCCGACCCAGGUGCUGAAUGGCGAUGGUGCAAGUGACAACCUCCAUGUAGGUAGCACUAUUCAGCAAGCUGUUAGUGACCAAGUGAAUAACAUCAAUGAAUUCGUCGUGGGAACAAGUGAGGCACAGAAUGAGGAGAGCGAUGACUGGGAUGAUCUCCUUGCUUACUUUAAUCAAGAUUUCAUCAACAAUGGUGGUCCUUUCAUCGAUGGGGACUGGGGGUCUUCCCCUUGACGUCAUCUCUGGAAAAGAGAUGUUUCUGCAGUGCCCAGCUGCUAACCAAUUCAUGGUUCCUGCAUGUUGUAUGCACAAAUUUGCACUAGUUGUAGCAGGCUAGCUAGGAGGUGGCCAUCUUGGAUGGAAUCCCCAUGUUUCUCUAGUGCAGUCGUGGUUCUCUUUUGAACCAGCUGUAGCUUUUAACCUUUGGGCCUACUUUGGCAACGGAAAGGAAAUUUUCCCAGGGAAGAUUGCCCACCGGUGGAAAUUUUUGGACUUGCUGUUCCCGCUUCUUUCCCAGGGCAGAAAACCAUGUGUGGGAUAGCUUUCCUGUUGCUAUUUGGCAACAAGGUGCCCGCGCAGGGAAGUUGACUUCUGCCAAUUGAUUUCUGCCAACGUACAUGCAAAGCCAACCAAAGUACGUGCUAGCUGAGAGUGACUUGAGCAGAAAUACACAGUU